CUCUGAUUGGCUGUCGGGGAACAUGGCGAGGACGGCGAACGGAGGAGCCGCCACUGACACCCGGCUCUGUCCGAUGGCCGAGGAGGGCGAGGCGGAGAGCGGGCACCGGGAGCGGCCCGAGCCGGCCAAGGAAGGCAGCCCGAGGUGGGGCCCUCAGCACGCGGGGGCCAGAGAGCUAGCGGAACUUUACUCACCAGGAAAGCGGUUACAGGAAUGGAUGUCUGUUGUUCUGUGCUUCGUCUUGCUGUCCUACAACUUCUGCAGCCUCGUUCGCUAUUUCACCCUGGAUCACAUAACCAGCAUUGUUUUUAGUAUCUUUGCGGGAAUCAUCACAGCUGACUUUGCCUCGGGGUUGGUCCACUGGGGAGCCGACACGUGGGGAUCCGUGGAGCUUCCAAUUGUUGGUAAAGCAUUUAUCAGGCCUUUUCGGGAACAUCAUAUUGACCCCACAGCAAUUACAAGACAUGAUUUUAUUGAAACGAAUGGAGAUAACUGCAUGGUAACGAUCAUUCCUUUAGCUAGCAUGGCGUACAAGUUUCUGUUCCUAACUCCAGAUGUAAUUUACAAAUCGUACCCGACAGAAUGUUUCAUCUUCGCCCUCGCCAUGUUUGUGACGCUUACAAACCAGAUUCACAAGUGGUCUCACACCUAUUUUGGUCUUCCUUGCUGGGUGGUCUUCCUUCAAGAUUGGCAUAUUAUCUUGCCACGUAAACACCACCGCAUCCACCACGUGUCCCCACACGAGACCUACUUCUGUAUCACUACAGGUUGGCUGAAUUACCCACUGGAGAAGCUCGGCUUCUGGAGACGCCUAGAGGACCUCAUCCAUAGUGUGACUGGAGAGAAGCCACGAUCAGAUGACUUGAAAUGGGCUCAAAAAGUGAAAUGAACCGACACAUCUCUGUCCCAACCUUGAACCAGUUUGCCAACUGUUUUAACUCAAAAUAAAUGAAACCUAAAGCCAUUAGCCAAAUGUCUAAAAUGAAAAUAACACAAAAAACAGACUGCUAUGGAGUUACUGACUUUUGAAGCGCAAACUAACUGUGCUAACACCAUAAACUGUUAAGCAACUACUCACACUCCAUAAAAUGCGCGGGGCGUAGCCGAGCAGUGAGAGUUCCCCUCGUUUCUGUGUGCCGGAGCUCUAACCGUUUAAUUUGCGGAUGUUCUAUUUGACAUUUCACCUUGCUGAGCCUCAUGCCUCCAUCCCAUGAGCCAGAUUAGAUGACGAUUGUACGCAAACUAACUUGCACUAUGGAAAUCCAUCAGUGAAAAUGAUUUCGCAUUUGUUGUAUCAACAUGAAUCUGCUGCCCUUGAUAUAGCUGACAUUUCAUGCAAAUAUGAAGAUUAUGUGCAGAGUAUUUUAUUUAGAAUUUUCUAAUUAUUUUUUUGGGUCAUCUGGUAUUUUAGAAGGGCUAAUGGUGCAUGUGUGGUUCAAAAUCAAUAAAAUGAUGGAUCGGCGUUCAGAUUGAGUGCACGGCACAAGUUUUAAAAAAGAAACGAAAUACUUUUUUUUUUUUCAUAUAUAUAUUUUCUCAAGACCGUAAAGGUAAUGUCCUAAAUUUCUGACAAGGUGGUCCUCGCCGCUUUUAAUCUUGCGCUGAUAUUUUAGGAAUAUGUUUAAAAUGUUCAGGUUGGGGAAAUUCCCGUGUUUCAUUCGUUUGGGGUAUGGAAAGGUCAUAUUUCUCCGCCAACUUUUAACUCUUAAGUGCCAGUGUGGUGAGCCCUGAUUCACCCUUGUCCACCCACAAGGUUUAGUUCUGGCACCGCACACCAGAGAAAGCUAGGAGUGUAUAAUCCACAUUAACUGUUUUAGGAAUAAAAAGGUCACAGAAUUGUUUAACAAGCCAACACGCUGCUGAGAUUGAUUAAGCCAUUGCUAAUGUGUGUUCUCCCUGACUGGUGGAGUUGGUUGUCUGUAGGUUAGUAGGUGGUAGGAAAAUUUCCCUUUUUGAAGUGCACAAAGUGAGUUUGUUGUUGUGUAUAACGUUCUGUUGGUGUCGGGGAAUAAUCUUGACAUUUGAUUUUUGUUGGUGGCAGUUGACCGGUCAGUGUUUUACAGUCCAGAUUAGAGCUGUUCGCUGACCACAUCUAUUAGGAUGUGCCAGACAGUGGUGUUCGUGACUCCUUGAGUUUCCUCUUUUCACAAAGAGAAAACAACAUUUUGGACAUCUGUUGGAAAAAGGUUUUUUUAAAUUUUUUUAUUAAAUAAUCUAAAUAAACAGUUGUCUUGGAACAUUUUCCUAUUCCACAGAUGGACAGUUUAUUCCCAAUAAUUCAUGGCACUGAAUACCCAUUGAUCAGACAUGAGCCCACCGAUAAAUUACAGAUCCAAUUACUUUCGUGUUAUGAGGCCAGCAUACACGUUUGCAUGUUACAAUCGGUUUUGAGAAUUGUUGAGCAGAUUAUCCGCCUAGGCUAGUUGGUUAAUACACCAACUGUGGAAUAUCUUCAAAGCUUGAGUGCAAAGCCUCAACUCCCAGCAGGGUCCAGUCUGCCUGUCAUUCUGCUGAGUACAACAAGACCGUGUACAGCUGAGUUGGAUAAUUCCUCCUAUGCUUGAUUUGCUAAUUUAAUGUUUUCCUUGUUAUCAAUAUUAAAUCCCAGUUUCUACCUAGUUUGUGAGGGAGAAGGCACUUGCACUGUCCAAUUAUUAGGUUAUACGAUCACAAGGCCAUCUAAAGAUUAUUUUAUCAAAAUCCAGAUGUUGUUUUGAGUCUCUCCAGCGGGAUUGUUAGAAUGUCCACAGUUUUAUUCAGCUGGCAAAUAUAACCAGAUACAAUUAUGCCAAAUCAAGUCACUUAAAUGAAAUUGUUUAAUAUUUUAACCCCUCACAUAAGUAACCUAAUAGAUCUAUUUAUGUAUGUUUUGGCUCGCUCUUUUCUAUCUAUAUAUUGAUUCAUUUACUAUGCACAGCUUUCACAGCUACCUUAUCAAUGCCAGCCUGGGAAUUCCAUGCAGAUUUGCUUAUUUUCCUUCACAAUGCUCUGGAAAAAAUAAAAUUCGAUCUGGGUC